CAUACUCUUCAGACCUCACCUUUCGUAACCUAACCCAAAACCUCCCCUUCUCUCUCUCUCUCUUUUCACUUUUCUCAUCGUUCUCUUUAAAACUAGACUAGAUAAAGAGAGAGAGAGAGAAAGAUAGAUAGAUAGAGAGACGCUUUAUUUAUAAUUUGCAUUCUUUUUGGAUCCGACACAACACAUGGAGCGGAAAGAAGCGGUAAAGGCCGAGCUGGAUUCGAACCCAUCUCCCUUAUUUUACCAUCAUUUUCCUGCAGAUAAGUUGUACUACGACUUGUUAAGCACUGAAGGAUCUGUAGAAAAGAGCUCAUUAGGGUUCAUGGACUUACUGGGUAUUCGAGAUUUUUCCCCUAAUUCCUUUACUAGUAGUAUUCUUGAUCAUCAUCAUCAUUUCUUGCAAUUUCCUACACCAUCAUAUCCACUUGAACCCUGCGGACCGGAGUCGAGUACCCAAACUUCAGCUUCAUUAGUACUACAACCGGAAUCAAUCUCCGUGGACCCCACCACCCCCAACUCGUCCAUUUCAUCGGCUUCAAGUGGUGCCGCCGCUAUUAACAUUGACGAACACAAGAGUAGUACUACUUGGUCUAGGGCAGCUGAUCAUGAACAUGAACAAGAAGAAGAAGAAGAGGAAGAGCACCAAAAGACCAUGAAACAGUUGAAAGUAAAGAAGAGCGAGAAGAAGAAGAAGAGAGAGAGGGAGCCAAGAUUUGCGUUCAUGACGAAAAGCGAGGUAGAUCAUCUGGAAGAUGGUUACAGAUGGAGAAAGUACGGACAGAAAGCUGUCAAGAACAGCCCUUUUCCUAGGAGUUACUAUCGUUGCACCAAUGCUAGUUGUAAUGUGAAGAAGAGAGUGGAGAGAUGCAUGGGUGACCCAUCCAUAGUUGUUACGACUUACGAAGGCAAACAUACCCAUCACAGCCAACUCAUGCCUCGCGGCGCUACCACCUCUGCCGCCGGACUCCGACCAGCUACCGCCUUCAAUGCCGCUGCCGCCCCUUUCCCGCCACAAAUGUCUCCUCUUCAAUCCCAGUUCAUGACUAACUUGCCUCCGUUCUUGAACUGCGGUAAUUACGCAAGUAGUAGUACCUUGUUAAAUCCAACUUCUGCUUUGCUUACAGUCGACCAUGGCCUUCUUCAAGACAUUGUCCCUUCUCUUAUGAGAAAGCUGGAUUGAUCGAAGAUAUGAUCAUGUAAUUUUGUUGACUCACUUUUUUGUUUAUGCUGAGAGACAGAUCGAGUAGUGGAUCAUGGCAUGGGAACCCCAAUCAAUUACUGUUAUGUAAUUAACUCGCUCUCCAACUAACUGGCAUGGUGGUGAUAAUUAAACUUGCACCAGAACUAAUUAAGUUCAACAUGAAGUUCUCUGACCCCA